AUGUGCCUCCUGGCCCAGAUCUGCAUAAGCCACUUCUCCCGGCACACCUUCCAAGGCUUGCCUCGCGACGAUGACUGGAUGUGUUCCCAGCUGGCAUCGACCAUGAACUGGAGGUGCCCUGCUUGGAUGGACUGGUUCCAUGGGGGGCUGCAGUUUCAGGUGGAGCACCACCUGUUCCCUCGCGUCCCAAGGCACAACCUCAGAAAGGUGCAGGCCAUGCUGGAGCCAGUGUGCGUUGAGCUGGGGCUCGAUUACUAUUGCCCAGGCUUCAGGAUGGCGGUCUGGGAUACGUUUGUUGGGCUGAAAAAGGUCGCUGACGAGGCCAGGAACCUGGCAAACCCCAAGAUGUCCAAGACCUCAAGGACUGUGGGUCUGAUGGCUGUCAUCGACAGUUAG